GUUCACGUGAGACUCUGGUGCGUAUGCGUAUGCGUUGUUGUGACUUUUUAGUGACCGCAUCUUCUCUCGGGAGUGAUUCUGACGCUAGAGGCAGAGCUAUCCUUUGGAACCCGAGAGUUGGGAUGGCUUCGUUAUUGGUUCGUUGCAUUCCCAAUUCCAACGCCCCUUGCACUUUCGAAUCCCCGCGCCCUUCGCUUCGUGUCCUGAGCCAGAAAGCCCGCUUUGUUGCUCGCCGGAAAGAGUCCAUUUCCGUUCGGCAACUCGAACGCCCCCUAAUUGAAUACAUGCGUUUGCCCGCGAGUCAGUAUUCUGUGCUGGACGCGGAGAGGAUUGAGCGGGUGAAUGAAGACACUUUCAGGUGUUAUGUGUACCGGAUAAAGUUCUUCACAUUGGAGGUUUGUCCAGUUCUUCUGGUCAAGGUGGAAGAGCAGCCUGAUGGAUGUUGCAUCAAGCUCUUGUCCUGCAAGCUUGAGGGCUCACCCGUGGUGGCCGCUCAGAACGAAAAGUUUGAUGCAAUAAUGGUGAACCGGAUAUCAUGUGAUAGCGACUCAGAUAAGUCAUUGAUGCAGCAAAUCACGUCAGACACUGUAAUUGAGGUAAGCAUUGAUCUUCCUUUUGCAUUCCAAGCAAUACCAAAGCAAGCAAUGGAAUCAGCUGGGACUCAAGUCCUUGAUCAAAUACUCAAGAUUAUGCUUCCCCGUUUUAUGUCACAGCUUGUGAAAGAUUAUGAAGCCUGGGCCUCUGGAGAUACGUCAAGGCAGCCUCUUGGGACUGGUGAAAUCUGAAAUUAAGGGUUAAAGCGGUUGCAACUGAAGCUGGCCUUAAUUUGUGUUGUUAAUAGGCUUUAGAAACACUAAUGAUAGUAUACUAUGUGCAAUUAGUGAAUGUUCUUGGUUUGUUAUGUAAGUAUACGUAGUUUCUCUGAAUUAUAUCAGGAAAAAAUGGAGAUUUGGGGUCUGGGGGUAGUAAAAUCAAGAAAACUAUUUUAGUCUGGUAUUCCAAGAAAGCUAUAUCACAUGAACCAUCAUAUAUGUCACUUA